AUGGCUUCUGCUUUCAGACUUCAGUGCCACUGCAUCCUGAUCUUCUUGGCAGCCCUCAAGGGGGAAACCAGAUACCUAGAGGCGAGGGGUGCUGGCGAGGACGAGCCCUUUCUGCUCCUCAGCGCAGACCUGAAGCGGGAAUUGUCAGGCAGGCAGCUCUACCAUCGGGCGCUCAGAUGCAUCGACAUGCUGAGCGUGGAGGGGCAGUUCACCUUCACCGCCGAGCAGCCCCAGCUGCACUGUGCCGCUUUUUUCAUAGGAGACCCCGAGGAGCUCAUCACAAUAGACUACGACUUCGUCCAUAUUGACUGCCAAGGGGGAGAUUUCCUGAAGGUGUUUGAUGGCUGGAUACUCAAAGGUGAGAAGUUUCCUAGUUCUUUGGACCAUCCUCUCCCUACUUCGGAAAGAUAUAUAGAUUUUUGUGAAAGCGGCAACAUCCGAAGGAGCAUCAGGUCAUCCCAGAAUGUGGCAAUGAUCUUCUUCAGGAUUCAUGAACCUGGAAAUGGAUUUACAUUUACAAUAAAGAAAAAUGCCAACCUCUUCCCUUGCAAUGUCAUCUCUCAGACCCCUACUGGAACGUUUACCAUGGUAAUUCCUCAUCAGCACAGAAACUGCAGUUUUUCCAUAAUCUAUCCAGUGGUGAUAAAAAUAUCUGACCUUAUACUGGGACAUUUAAAUAGCCUCCAUUUCAAGAAACCAUCAACAGGCUGUGCAGGAGUGGGAGAUUUUGUGGAGCUGUUGGGUGGAACUGGAUUAGACCCCUCCAAGAUGUUCCCUCUAGCUGAUCUGUGCCAAUCUUUUCAUGGUUCUGCUCAAAUGAAGAUUGGCUGUGACAAUACUGUACUACGAAUGGUGUCCAGUGGCAAGCAUAUUAAUCGUGUGUCAUUUGAGUAUCACCAGCUUGACCAAUAUGAAUUGGAAAACAGAAAGGAGAAUAGCAUUGAGGAGUUCUGCUUCCCUAGUAUUUGA